UUGAAUGUUGCAGGACGCACACAAUCAAGCUGGCAUUGCACAUAGAGGAGGUAUCGUCGCGUUACUAAAUCUUCUUGAUGUGAAAACGGGGACUGUGCAACACAAUGCCGCAUUUGCCUUGUAUGGCCUUGCAGAUAACGAGGAAAACGUAGCAGAUUUCAUUAAGGCUGGAGGAGUUCAAAAGCUUCAAGAUGACAACUUCACUGUUCAACCGACUAAGGAUUGUGUGGUGCGGACAUUGAAGAGGCUACAGAACAAAAUUAAUGGACCAGUACUAAACCAAUUAUUAUACCUAAUGAGAACCGCCGAGAAGACUAUAAAAACACGAAUUGCUCUUGCUCUUGCACAUCUUUGUGACCCUAAAGAUGGAAAAGUUAUUUUCAUUGAUAACAAAGGAGGAGAACUUUUGUUGGAACUUCUCUAUUUCUCAAGCGUCAAGCAGCAGAGAUACAGUUCAAGUGCUUUAUACGAAUUAGCUACAAAAGCUACAUCCUUUGCAACAGAGGACUCAGCUCCUGCCUCACCCACCCAACAGGUAUUUUUGGGUGAAAAAUUCGUGAACAACCCUACUUUGUCCGAUGUCACAUUUCUCAUUGAUGGUAAACAAUUCUCUGCUCACAAGAUUUGUUUGGUAGCUUCCUCUGAUAUAUUUCGUGCAAUGUUUGAUGGUCUAUACAAGGAACGCAAUUCCCCAAAUGUGGAGAUCCCAAAUAUAAGAUGGGAAGUGUUUGAGCUUAUGAUGAGGUAUAUAUACACAGGGAGAGUUAGCAUCCCUAAACAUUUGGCUAAAGAUCUGCUUGUAGCAGCUGAUCAAUAUCUUCUCCAAGGCCUCAAACGUCAAUGUGAAUACACAAUUGCUCAGGAAAUCUCUCUUGAUAAGAUACCAGAGAUGUAUGAGUUAGCAGAUACAUUCAAUGCUUUAGCCUUAAGACGAGCUUGCACUCUCUUUGUUCUUGAGCAUUUCACUAAGCUCAGCACUCAAUUAUGGUUUGCACAGUUUGUCAAGCGAAUUGUACCUGAAAUCCGGAUUUACAUCACUGAUAUUCUCACCAGGCCGGUUGAAGCAAGCACCCCAACCCAUGUAUAAAAUAAUAUGUAACUAGGUUCCGGUUUAAUUGAGAUUGUCGAUUUAUGUGACUCAUUAGAUGAAGUUGACUUUUGUUUUUGAUGGUAUAUAAACCGCUCAGACUCAGCACAAUAAUAUCAAAACUUAGUUUAUAAAUGACAGUUUUUAGUUU